UGCAAGACACACUUCUGCCAUCUUCAGGAUAAAUCUUUCCAUUUCAUGAACAAACAAAUUCUGCCAUAAACAUGGACCACCAUGGACAGAGUAUUUUUGUUAGGAAUAUUGAAACAAUUCCAGAAACAGCAUAAAACACAUAAAAGGUAACAUACAAAAAUAUCAAACUAUUGUUUUGCAAAAUAAAUAUAUAAAAAGUAAAAAGUAAAAUAAUAAUAAUAAUAAUAAAUGUAUAGGAAAACAUUUAAAUAUCUGCUGCAACUUGCCCGGACUGACAUUUAUGGAACAAUUGCCCUGUGAAUUCAGUUCAACCUUUGUUAACAUUGUUUUGGUACCGGUCUCUCCAGUUGUAUACUCACAUUUGUACUUGUGUAUUCUUGGUGUAUUAUUGUUUCACUGAAAAAUUCCAUUCAUUGUGUUUGUUUAUCUAAGCAUUCAUAUUUAAGGAAUAGGUUAAACUGACUUAAAGAGUCCUUAAAUAGACUAAAAGAUUUUGACAAAUGUUUUCAAGUGAUUUUGAAAGUAAGAUACAUUCCUCAUAAACUGCUCAUAUAUGGGCAGUGCAGCAAAAUAGCAAAUACAGCAGCUUCAAUACAACUUCUAAUAAUUUCACUUUCUCAACUGGCCCAGUUUAUUAGCACACAGAAAAUAUACACACAGUGAACACCUUUCCUCUUUGACAUUGUUUCAUAAUCUAUUUCUAAAGCACACUGACAAAUACACAACCAUAAUACAAAUUUAAAAACAGGUCCUACAGGUCCAUUUAGUUGACGUGUGGCAUCUCACCCAACAAGUCACAAUGUCCCUUGCAACUCAUUCAUUUGCUAUGUCUUAGUUUCUCAUUUAGCCCGUAAUUAUGUGUAAAGGUGAACUUGACAGCAGAGAGACAGGUGACAGGAGGAAUACCUCCCUCCGCUAAGACUGUCGGUACAUUUUAUAUACUUUGGCAUCAUUCUCAAGGGUCAUAUUACAAGCCUAGACUCUUAUUAGAGACAGUAGAACAAUGCUGGUAUAUUUCAGGUUGUGACCAAUGAAGAGUGGCCCAGGGCUUGACCAGGACUGGUCAUUUACUAAAGGGGAAAAGGAGGUUAUGUUACAGAAGAGCAGGUUGAUUAAGAACCUGAUUCCUCUUCUCCUGCACCUCACCAUAAACUAUUCAAGUUCACUCCCCACAACUCUAAACAUCUCAAUGCAGUCUGUAAACAUGAAGCACAUCCUUAUAUGGAGCCCUUUGCAGGCACACUGUUUCACUGUCAACUAUUCUGUGCAGUUUCAGGGGGAGUAUGAGUUACACAAGCUGAAUGGAACUUGGGUGGAUGCAUAUGACUGCCAAGAGAUUAGUGAAAGCAAGUGUGACCUGACCGCUGACCUGGCCUCCGACUCUGACUACAGCGUACGCAUAAAGUCAAAAUGUGACGGCCAUAAAUCAUGGGCACAACUACCAGCAACCUUCAACAGGAGAAAUACUGUGCUGCUGGCUCCCAAAAUGAUGGUAGCUGUGGAGGGAGACCUUAUUCAAGUGGACUUCAGUACAGUCCUUCCUGAUAUGAUCAUAAACCUACGAGUCUGGAGGGAGGGGAAUGAACAGAAUGCUUUACUUCAUGUGAUCAGAGUUUAUCCUUAUCAUUUUUCCAUCGCUGCACAUCGAGGGGAAAAGAGGAUGUGCUUCGAGGCAAAAGCACUUGUAGAGGCCAUUAACAAGAGCUGCAGCACUGACAAGCAGUGUGUCUUCAUCCCUAAACUGACAUCUGACUUUGUAAAGCCUGUGAUGGUAAGCAUAGCUGUGGUGGUAGCAGUUGCCAUGGCCAGUAUUCUGGGUUGGUCAGCAGCACGUUUUGGUCCACAGAUUAAACAAACCAUUUGCCACAGAGAGCCCCUUCCAAAUGUACUACUUUAUGACUGGCCCACCAGCACUCACAUUCUCUGUACAGGUGUUUCACUGGAGCCCACAGACCCACUUUUGCUGCUCCCCUCUGCAGAGGGUCAGUGCACUGCUGUGGAGGCGGAGUGCAGAACAUAAGACUGAAAGUCAAACUGAAGUACACAUUUACUGGAGCAGUUGUGUCUAAGAGAUGGACAGCUGUUACUUACUGCUUUACAACCCAAAACGUGACCACCUUUGGUAUUUUGACUGAAGAAAUGGCGAUUGUGAAUAGAAGUUUUGGGUCGGGCGUUAGAUUCAGACCAGCUCUUGAUGUUAAAUGGGACAGUUGAAAGAUCAACCUCUUUCAGCAGAACUCAGGAAAAAGCAUUGUUGGUCCAACAAAUUCUGACGUUCAGCCACAGCAGGCUUGCUUUUAUGCAUCCUCUCACUUGUAAACGUUGAGUGCUCAUUUCAAUGCCCCAAUGGAAUCUGCAGCCUUUUAUUGCAUUUUCGGCACUGAUUUUAGGGGGGAAAUCUGCAGAAUUAGCGAUUUAAAUAUUAAAACAUUUUUACAAUGAAGCUGAGAGUCCUAUACCCUUAUUGGUAGCUAAAAGCAUCAAAAUAACUUUGAUAAUUCACUGAUCUGUGGAGCUUUAUGUAGAGUUCUGCACGUGCAUCCAUAUCACAUGGAUUUGUACAGUAUCACACUUAAUUUGUAUCCCACGUUUUCUUAAAACACAUGUAACAUCUUCAGGAGAGGAAACUUCAAAAAACAAAAUAUGAAUGCUUCUUGAUGUCAUGCUGUAUGCACAAGAGGGCAACAGUGUGGUGCUCUCAUUGACAUUUACUUUCAUUUCUAUAUGUAUUUUUUUUUUUCAAACAUAUGUUAGGACAAAGCUAUAUCUAAAUAGUUUUGACGGUUAAUAAACAACUUUUGUUAUUUGAUUUGCAGUUUACAAAUUACAAAUAAUAAGCUACAUGGUAAACAAGACAGGGAUACAGGAAAUUCAGGGUUUUACAUUACAAGAAUUGCCCAUAUCCUAAAUUAAGUAUUAUUCUAAAAUCCUUGUUUAAAUUUUGAAAAGUUUUUUAAAUGUAAUGGACUUGUUUGAAAUAUUUAAAGUGUCUGUAUGUGAAGUAUUAUUUUGCUAAAUGUAAUUUUACUCACCAAGUUGCAGGUAAUUAAGAACCUUAUUUUACAAGAUUUCCUUAAGCAAAUUUCAGUAGUAUAAUAGGAUAAUACUGUGCUCAAUAUUCUUAAGGCCGUUUAGAAGCGUGAAAUUAAAACGCAAAUCUACAGAGUCCACAUUAAAGCAGAGAUCAUGGCAGCUGUCCAUCCAAGAACUUUUUCUAAUAAAUAAAUUAAUAUUAAGAAAAAAACAUUGCCAAUUUCUAAAGAGCACAGAAGCCCUUACCAUGUAUUUCA